AUGCCCUCCAACACGAACACAGUUUUUUUUGCCCUCGAGGGCGUGUGCCCUCGCAUUGCGAAGCGUUGGAUUCGCACUAGGAUGCGUGCACAGGAGCGAGACAAUAGUGCAAAUCCAACGGUUCGCAAUGCGAGGGCACAUGCCCCUAAGGGCAAAGUUUACUUUCCCCCUCCAGCACCUUCAUCGCCUUGCCGGAGGCUGCCAUCUCCGCCACCGCCAUGCUCUUCCACCCAUACAAGCGGUCACGUCAGCUGGCGGUCCCGGUGCCCUAUCUACCCGCCAAAGCUGACUCCGGUGCUUGAAGAGCCGGAGGACGCCGUAGUGUCGACGGCGAGCACGGCUGCUGCAGGCCGACCAUGCUCACAGAUAUGUGGAGCGUGGCGAGUCAUCACGCGCUGCAGCACUGGCAAGGACCUGUGGGUAGCUGAACGUCGGCAACCCUUCCUCGUUUACGCACGGUUGCGGGCCUCCCUCAUCCUCAUUGUGAUGACCGCGGCGCCGGUGGAAAGUGGUGUGCUACUAAAUGAAAGCCGAAAUAAAAGGCUCAAGGAUGUGGAGAUCAGUUUCCCUAUCGUUUAUGGAACCAUUUCUUUCUGGCUCGGUAAAAAGGCCAGCGAGUACAACUCCCACAAGUGGACUGUAUAUGUCCGUUCUGCAAACAAUGAGGAUCUGAGUGUCAUAGUUAAGCGUGUGGUGUUUCAGCUUCACCCAAGUUUCCAAAACCCAACAAGAGUCGUGGAGCAACCGCCUUUUGAGCUGUCUGAAUCGGGAUGGGGAGAGUUUGAGAUAGCAAUAACCCUUUAUUUCCACAGUGAUGUCUGUGACAAGCGCUUGGAUCUGUUUCAUCAGCUUAAGCUGUAUCCAGAAGAAGAAGCUGGACCUCAAUCAACCAAAAAGCCUGUUGUCGUGGAAACAUACGAUGAGAUUGUCUUCCCCGAGCCUACAGAGGCCUUUUUCCAACGUGUGCAGAAUCAUCCAGCAGCUAAUGUGCCCAGGCUUCCUCCUGGUAUAACCCUGCCUCCCCCGGGCACUAUGGAAAUUGUCCCAUAUGAAAAGAAGCGUGGUGACACUAAGGAUCAUCCUUUGAGUCAGUGGUUCUCGAAUUUCUCUGAAGCUGAUGAGCUGUUGAAACUAGCUGCAGCUCGGCAACAGUUUUCCAAUCUUGCUCAAAAAAGUUUGUAUACUGCUCUCCUUGGGUAUGAAUGA